UUGAAAACCCCGGCCCGCGACGCUUCCGCUUCCACUUCCUGACGAGACCGAUCGCCGCCUAGCGCUACGAGCCCAACUCGCUGGUUCCUUCAGUUUCUUGCUGGCGGAGAUCGACAUGGUGGUGACGGACGACGGAGUCGUAGAGGGCAGGGGACUGGCAGAGGGGGAGCGCUUGACGCCGGCGCUGCGGAAGAAGGAGCGGGGCCGGAGCCACAGCGAGGCCGAGCGCAAGCGGCGGCAGCGGAUCAACGCCCACCUCGCCACGCUCCGCACCCUUGUCCCCUCCGCAUCCCGGAUGGACAAGGCGGCGUUGCUGGGCGAGGUGGUGCGGCACGUGCGGGAGCUGCGGGCGAAGGCGAGCGACGCGGCGGCGGGGGUCGGCGUCGGUGUCAUCCCGGGGGAGGGCGAUGAGGUGGGCGCCGAGGAGGAGGACGACGACUACUGGCGGCAGCACGGUCGUCGUCACUUCGGCGCCGAUGACGACGACAGCCUGCCGCCGCCUCGGCGCGUCGUCAGGGCGUGGGUGUGCUGCGACGACCGCCCGGGGCUCCUCUCCGACCUGGGCCGCGCCGUCCGCUCCGUCAGGAACGCGCGCCCCGUCCGCGUAGAGAUCGCCACCGUCGGCGGGAGGACCCGCAGCGUCCUGGAGCUGGACGUCUCCGGCGACGACGGCGACGACGACAACGCCGCAACCGCCGCCGCGGCGGGCAACGGGAGGGCGGUGGCGCUGUCCACGCUGCGCGCGGCGAUGCGCGCCGUGCUGCUCAACCGGGACGAGCACGUCAUCGCCGCCGGGGACGGGUACAAGCGGCCACGCUUCUCCUCCGCGCAGAUCGCCAAGGUGCAGUGAUCGAACGCCGUGCUGAGCUGCUAUAGGCGGGCGGUGAAGCGAGAGCAACGCCGUGUGCUGAACUGAUGAUCCACUUGAUCGUCGUACAACUGCUUCCAAACUCUUUCGUGCUAAUCUGAUUUUACGUGUGAUUUCAAUAGUUGAUCUUGCACUUGAAGAUACAGAUGUACUCCGUAUGAUGAUCAUGCGGACUUGUCAGGGUAUACUAUUGGGAGACAGUGGAAUUUAGGGCAAGGUGUGCUGGAACUGUGGAAGUCUGGAACUGCUCACUGCUGCCUGGCUGCUGGCGAGUUGGCGGGUUGCAAAGUUGCACCCGCUGCAUUGGCCGGAGGCCCGGAGCUAGGUUUUGACAUUUUGUAGGGGUAUUUGAGCCUUUUUCCUUCUCUAAAACGAGGAAUUAGGAGUUUGAAUAUAUUAUGUAGUGUUCAAAAAAAGGCCCAGACUAGACGUGUCCUUGGUCCUUCAUUUCAUUUCCUUAACUAGGAAACCACAGUGCAUUGGUGCAUUGUUAUAGACGGCCUUCGGCUCUCCCAACCAUGCAUGCAUAUAUGUAGCUAUGUUUAAGUUAUUUCGUUAGCUCCACAAUUCCUUAAGCAUAAAGGAUCUUUCAAGUUAUCUCAU